GAGAAGUUCUACACGUGCUGUGAUGAGCCGUACCUGGACAUCACGUUCAACAUCACCAUGAGGAGGAAGACACUUUUCUAUACCGUCAACCUCAUCAUCCCAUGCAUGGGCAUCAGCUUCCUCACCGUACUCACCUUCUACCUACCGUCAGACUCAGGCGAGAAGGUGACGUUGAGCAUCUCCAUCUUGAUCUCCCUCCACGUGUUCUUCCUGCUGGUGGUGGAGAUCAUCCCACCCACCUCCCUGGUGGUGCCUCUCCUCGGCAAGUACCUCAUCUUCGCCAUGAUCCUCGUCUCAAUCAGGUGAGUAACACCACCCCCACUACCAUCACCACAGCCAUCCCCACCACCAUCACCACAGCCAUCUCCACCAUUCCCCCACAAGAGUUACCAUCAGCUCCCCCUCACCCUCCCAACAUCAUCGC